AUGUCCCACUUUGUCGCAGGACCCAUCGACGACAUCCUCAAGUCGGGAGUCGUCCCCCUCGUCCUCGCAGCCCCGCUCCUCGUCGCCCUCCUCUACAUCCUCGUCCCGCACUUUACCGCUUAUGCCAAGCUCCGCAAGUACCCUGGGCCCACGGUAGCUGGGUUCACACAGCUCUGGCUCGCCAAGCAGACUCGUAUCGGCAAGCGUAGCGAGAUCGUGCACCAGGAGCACCAGAAACACGGCAAGUUCGUGAGGAUUGGACCUAAAGAGAUCUCGAUCAACGACCCGGCGGCGCUUCCUAUCGUCUACGCACACGGUUCUGGCUCAUUGAAGAGUAAUUUCUACGAUGCCUUCGUCGCCUCGAAGAACCGCGGUCUCUUCAACACCCGCAACCGCGCCGAGCACACCCGCAAGCGCAAGAUCGUCUCUCACACCUUUGCGCCCAAGUCGGUCCGCGAGUUCCACCCCUACAUCACCAACACCGUCGCCGGCCUCUUGCGCAAGUUCGAUGCUGCGUGCGAAAAGGCCGAGAAGAACCCUACUGCUUCGUCGAGCCAGUACGGCGAGCGCAUGAAGGGAUGGGCAGUCGUCAACACCCUUGACGCGUACAACGCACUCGCGUUCGACAUCAUUGGCGACUUGGCUUUCGGAGAACCGUUCGGCAUGAUCGAGCGCGACUUCCAGGACACGGUCGAGAUUACCAGGGAGGACGGCUCGACCUUCUACGCACCGGCUGUUCAGAUCCUCAACGAGCGCGGCGAGUACUCUGCGACGCUCGGCUGCCUCCCGCCUUGGAUCCGUCCCUGGAUGAAGUACAUCGACCCCUGGUUCGCUCGUGGUCUCGCCUCGGUCAACAACCUCACCGGUAUCGCACGCACCCGCGUCAACAAGCGCCUCAAGGAGGGCGCAGGCGACCGCAAGGACAUCCUUUCGCACCUUCAGAAUGGAAGGGAUGCGGAGGGGAAGCCUAUGGGCGUGCCGGAAUUGACGGCAGAGGCCCUCACUCAGCUCAUCGCCGGCUCUGACACGACCUCCAACUCUUCCUGCGCCAUCAUGUUCUACAUUGUCUCGAACCCCCGCUGCCACAAGAAGCUCCAGCAGGAGCUCGACUCAACGUUCGGCCCGCAAGGCAUCUCGGGCGUCCUCGACUACGAGGACGUCAAGGCUUUGCCUUACCUCUCUGCAUGCAUCCAGGAGGCUCUCCGUCUCCACUCGACCAGUGGAAUGGGUCUGCCUCGCAUCAUGACCCAGGACACCGAGGUCUGCGGCGAGGUCUUCCCUGCAGGCACCAUCCUCUCCGUCCCGUCGUACUCGAUCCACCGUCUUAAGGAGUACUGGGGUCCUGACGCCGAUGAGUUCAAGCCUGAGAGGUGGCUCGAGUCGGAGGAGCGUACGAGGGAGCUCGAGAAGGCGCUCAACGUCUUCUCGUACGGUCCCCGCUCCUGCGUCGGACGCAACGUCGCGACCAUGGAGCUCUGGUGCUUCAUCUCGACUCUCAACCUCCGUUACGACUUCCGCCUUGUCGAGGAGAACCAGAAGCUGGAGGUCGUCGAGGGUUUCCUUCGCAAGCCCGUCGAGUGCCUCAUGGGCAUCAAGCGCCGCGAGCCCGUCUUCAACGUCUAA